AUGCCUCCCUUUCCAAAGUCCAUCGCCGAGGACCCCAAGUCAGUUUUCUGGAUGCUCCGGUCCUUCACCAUUGGCAAGGAGCAGAAGACCCCUGGUCCUACAAGCCUCUUCCUCGAUCGCGCCAACGCUGAGUUUGGCUUCGUCGCAUACACGUCUGCUGGCAUCGCAUUCGUCCUCCGCUUCCCCGAAACGAACGAACUCAUGUACUUUCAAGCCAAGAGCGCCCGCGCAGCAGCCUGGCGAGACAAGAGCAAGAAAGCCUCAAUCCUCUUCCAGCAUCUGCAGGUAGAUUUGGAGUUUGCGGCACCGGACCAAGCUCGUAGCUUCCUAGAUGUGCUAGAGGAUAUUGCGACAGCGGCUGGCAACCACUUCUUCUACAGCUAUGAAGUGCCACAGAAGGUCGCCUUCGUCAAGGCCGACUUCGACAUGGAACAGCAGGGCUUCACGAGCCGAGCUCCGCAGCCCUGGAUGGCGGUUCCUACUGAUUCUUCUGAGUGGCCUCGUCUACGGAAGACGGGUGAAUGGUCAGACUUCACCAUUUUCGCGGGUGGCAGUCAAUUCCGCGUCCAUCGCGUCAAGCUUUGCAAAGAGUCGUACUAUUUCAGAGCAGUAUGCAGCGGUGGCUUUUCCGAGACCGCGAAGCAAUCCAUCGAGCUUCCAGAGUCGGCGCACGUCGUCUCGACUCUCCUCGACGAGAUGUACGGUGUCUACAACCCGACUACUGGUUCCAUCUUCACCAACUUCGCGCUCCGUAUGGAGAUCGAGAAAGAGCUCAUCAUGAACCAACUUCUGGAUCUUUUCAUUGCCGCGGAUAAGUACAACCUCGAACCCAUCAAGCGCCGCGCCGCCGAAGCCAUCAUCGACCGCCUCCCCUUCAUAACCGACCCACUCAUGAUCGUCGACCUGGCCACAUGCAUCUUCCACGAGCAAUGCCCAGAGAACGACCGUGGACUGCGCAAAGCCAUCAUCGAGUGUGUGAGGAUGCGCAUGCCGGCUAUACUCGAGGAUGAGAGUGCGUGGGAGGAGUUCUCGGAGAACAAGAACGUACUGAAGGCCUUCCACAUGUCGCAAUGUGAGGCGCGUGAGGGUGGUGGUAUGAUUGCGGGUGGCGGUAGAGGCAGGAUAAUGACGCCGCCUGCUACGCCUAGGUAG